AUGAUUUUCAUUCAAAUCAACUUGAAUGGUUUCAAUGCUUUCAAUAUUCAGAGGGUUAUUUACCCUUCUGAAGAGGGUUAUGCAGUUGUGGCGAGGCCAAUACGAGGAAGUGGUGGAGGGGAAUUGAAGAGGAAGAAGGCGGCUGAGAGGGGGAGCGCGAUUCUUAUAGAUGUUGAAAGUGUCGACUGGCUGGCACGUGCACGAGCCUUGCCUAAUGCAAAUGCAACGGCCACUGGGGAGAAGGGAGGGAUUAUCUAA